CCACAGCAAUCCCUGAGAGCAGCUUUGUGGAAGACCUUUGGCUUUUGCAUAUAAUUGGCAUACAAUUGCUUUUAAAAGCAAGCAAGUUUACAGAUAAAUGGAAAAUACUCGGCAAACGAGAGAUAAGUGGAGAGGGAACAAAAGGUGAUGCUCUACAUUCACUUCCGAUCUCCGUGAGCUCGCGUUGUUCAUGUUUGAAUCCGUGCAGCAUUGUCUGAAGGAGAAGGCACCAUGACAGUAAAUAUUGUCGGGGCUCUGUCAAUGGGCAUUUUUUAUCUUUUUAUUCUUGCGGUUGGUAUCUGGGCUGCAAGAAGAAGCCAAAAAGUCGAAAGAACAUAUGUUGGUGAUCGCUCUGAAAUGUUAAUAAUUGCAGGAAGACGAAUUGGAAAUAUUCUAGGCAUUCUAACAACCACAGCAACGUGGGUUGGUGGUGCCUACAUCAACGGCACAGCUGAGAUGGUGUACCGGCCAGAUGCUGGCUUAGUGUGGACUGUAGCCCCUUGGAGCACUCUACUCUGUUUGUUCAUCGGUGCAUUAUUUUUUGCCAAGAAAAUGCGCAGGCAGAAGUAUGUAACUAUGUUGGAUCCCUUUCAGCAACGUUAUGGCAACUGCAUUGCAAGCCUUAUAUUUUUUCCAGCUGUAAUUGGUGAAAUAUUCUGGUCUGCUGCCAUUCUGGCAGCGUUAGGUACAACUUCCAGUGUCAUUUUGGACCUAGACAAGAAUAUUUCAAUGGCGAUCUCAGCCUGUGUGGUAAUGAUAUACACUUUACUUGGAGGCCUGUACUCUGUGGCGUAUACUGAUGUUGUUCAGUUAGGAUGUAUCUUCUUUGGUUUGUGGCUCUGUGUUCCCUUCACAAUUCAAAAUCCAGCUGUUACAAGCCUCAAAAUCACAGCAGUUAAGGAGGUCUAUCAGAAGCCCUGGCUAGGCAAAAUUGAUGAGAUAUUUAUUGCAAGAUGGAUAGAUAACCUUUUUCUAAUGGUGUUGGGUGGAAUACCAUGGCAAGCCUAUUUUCAACGCGUGCUGGCUGCUUCUUCAUCAAAAAGUGCUGUAAUAUUAUCGAUAGCAGGAGCAUUCGGUGGCUGUAUUAUGGGCAUUCCUUCAGUCCUGAUUGGCUCAGUUGCAGCUUCCACAGACUGGAAUCAAACUUCCUAUGGUCCCAAGUCUCCUUUUGAAAAUGGGGAGGCUUCUAUGAUCCUGCCGAUAGUCCUUCAAUACUUGUGCCCCCGUUACAUUUCUAUUUUUGGAAUCGGUGCCAUUGCUGCUGCUGUCAUGUCUUCAACAGACUCCUCUCUCCUUUCAUCCAGUUCCAUGUUCACCCAUAAUAUUUACCGGAAAAUUCUCAGACCAAAGGCCUCAGAGAAAGAAAUCCUGUAUGUGAUGAAAACCACAGUCCUUCUGGUGACAGUACUGGCCACUGUCCUUGCUCUCUUCACUAACACUAUUUAUGGCCUUUAUGCAUUAAGCGCCGACAUUGUGUAUGUUGUCAUUUUUCCACAGCUUGUUUGUGCUCUGUAUGUUCCAUGCGUGAACAGACUUGGAUUUGUCUCUGGAGUUUUAAUUGGGGCAUUGCUCAGGAUUAUUGGAGGUGAACCCCUUUUUCAUUUUCCACCCAUUAUCCACUAUCCUGGAGGUUAUUUCCAAAAUGACUAUUAUGUUCAGACUUUCCCUUAUAAAACAUUUGCAAUGUUCUGCUCUUUGAUUACAACUGUAGUAUUGUCACACAUCAGCAAAGUUAAGUGGCCUGAGAGUUACGUAACUGUGUUUACCCUGACAGGAAGUCCAGCUGAGAUGAGAAACACUGAAUUAUUGCAUCAAUAAACUAGAAUAGUAAUAGGCAUACAAUAUACAGCACAAUCACACUGGUGGAGGAGAACUUGGAAUUUGGUUUUCUUACUCAAGUCAGUUAGUUGAGCUUAUAUAAUGCUCACUAAUUAUAAUACUUUGCUGCAUUUCCACUUGUAAUAAGGAAUACGUGUUUAAUUAUGCUACUAACAGGGCACUACAGGAAAUCUGGAAAAUUUAUUAAUUACGCUUUCAGACUUCAGACACAAUGGUCAGGAUGGUCAAGAUAUGACAGUGCUGUGAAAUCUUUCUUGUUUGACACAAUUAAUUUAGACAUUUCCAUAUUGUUUUCCUGGCUGGCAUCUUUUAACAAAAUAUUUUAAAAAGUGACCUUGAGGUGAUCUCAGAUGAGAUCUUGCUUGUAGGAGGAUCAUCUGUAUAAAAUAAUUAACUAUGCAAAUAUAUUUUAUUCAGAGAUUUUAGCUAAUUUGCCAUUGGAUAAAGGUUGAAAGCUCAGAAUAUACUAUAGCUCAUUCUCAUUACUAGCAGAGCAGUUCAGCAUCAUUAAAGUGAGGUUGGGAUGAAUGUUACCAUUGAACCUUACAUAAGCUACACUACAGUUGUGUUUUUAUCUUCUGCUACUGUCAAGUUCCCUCAGAAAUAAAAUGUAUAAAAUUUACAGAAAAUAUUCAAAGCUCCGUCUCCCUGUUGUUAUCAGCAGUUGCAAUUGAUUUCAAUCUUCUCACUGCGAUACCCUAGUCCACUCUUGAAUGAGUCAACAACCAUUCUCCUUUCCAAGGCAUCUUUCGCAGACAACCUGAGGAACUAUGCAAACACAGGGAGCAACAGAGCUCCAUAGUUACUGCCUAACAACUACUCUAGUCCUGAAAAUAAAAUUCUGUGAGCAGUCAUUUCUUUAUACAGAUUUCCAAAUUCCAUCAAUUUUUUAAAAUAAAUUCUAAUCCUUUAUUUUUAAGAUUACAGUGCUUCAAUUUCUACCUUAAACUUUUGUAUGUUCCAAUGUUCCCUGCAGUCUGUAACAUUUGAAGUUAAAGAUUAUUUUCUGACAAUGGCUUGAGAUUCUAAAGUGUUAUUCGCUGCUUGGCUUCUUUGAUGUCACAGGAUUUCAUUAUUAUUGCCACCUGAUGAGAACCCUUAUUGAAAAGGAGAAAAACACAGCACAGAUUGCCAAGGGCUUUGAGGUCAACAUCUUUCAAGGAUAAAUCAUAAUACCUGCAAUAGUUCUGAGAUGUCUUCCACAUACCCACACACUCAUGUUGGGAGUGGAGAUCUAAAGAUUCAAAUACCUGUCUGAAUAAUGAGUAGUUUUACAAAUCUUUGCUCUCAGUAAACUCCAGGCAUAAAGCUCAACACAUUAGGGCAUUCCUCUGUGUCUGGAGGGCAUGAGGUAUCUGCAUGUGUGUUGUAUAGAAAGCCAAUCAGAUCAAUUUGAACAAGAUGGAGGCAAUGGUAGAACAUGUUAGUGAUGGAGAGAUCUUUUCUGGCUUCCUUCUCCAGCUCCAUGGGGUGGGACAAAAAGCUUGGUACUGGAAGCCUAGCAAUUGAAGAGUACUGCAGGAAAUUCUGGCCCAGGGGAAUUUCUACAACUUGUAACCCUGAAGAAAUGUAGAUUAUUCUGCAUUUCUAUAGCAUACUUUGGUUCCACUAUGCUGACCAGGAAAUCUGCAGAAGCAUUCAGGAAUCUCAGACCCGCACGUUGUUAUAACCAUAAGGCAGUUUUAUAUCAAGAUGUGGAAAUUGAAACUGCCCUGUUCUACUUCUUUCUGAUUUGAUGGUUUCCAGAAUAGGAAAGGCUAUUCUUUAUGAACUUAAGAUGCAAGAACAUAAUGAACGCAGUUUUCAUGAAGUUAGUUUUAAAUUCACAAAUUUUACAAUCACACAACUCAAAAACAAGUCCUUGAACCAACCAAAGUCUAGACAACGCCAAAUUACUUUCCUGAGCUAGUCCAUUGGGACUCCACGUCCUCUGUAAACUCUAUCUAUAUACUCACCUCACGCUGUGUGGUAAACAUGUCCCUUCAAACUUUCCCCUCUCAUUUUAAACAUAUGCCCUCAAGUUUUAAACUCCCCUAUCCAGGGAAAAAGACUGUGACCAUCUGCUUUAUCUUUAUAUCUGGGAGAAUAUAAGGUCAAUUAAAUUAACAUGUGACAAGGGUUUUGGAAUGGAUAAUUCAUUAGCCUAACUGCAGCAUGAUAUACAUCGCUAUCUAUUACCAUAUAUAAGAUAUUGGGCAAACCCAGAAUACUAUUUCAUAGGCAGUUAUUCAGAGUUACGGAUAACUUGCUUCAAUGCCAGUUCUAUGUUUCCAAAUAGCCAAUGAAAUCAAUGUAGACUCUAAAAUCACACCAUGUUGAUAGCUGAAACUUCAGCUGGCAAAGUUGCCUACAGUAAACAGCUGAACAGGCAUAUAAAACGUGCUUCUGAGUGAUAGAGUCAAAGCAAUACUGAAUUUUCACUGUUGCUUCUUAAAGUUCAAAGUAAAUUUAUUAUCAAAGUUCAUACAUGUCACCAUGUACAACCCUGAUUCAUUUUCUUGUGGGCCUACACAGUAAAUCCAAGAAACUCAAUAGAAUCAAUGAAAGACCGCACUCAACAGGACAGACCAACAACCAAUGUGCAAAGGACAACAAACCACAAAUAAGGAAUAGAAAAAUAAAUAACAAGAACAUGAGAUGAAAAGUCCUUGAAAGCCACCCAUUAGUUUUGGAAACAGUUCAGUGACAGGGCAAGUGAAGU